CUAGUAAAGUGUAGAAGCCGGGCUGACAGGGAGUGAUCCCACCGCCGACAUCUUUCUGUCCUCUUCAUCCGUUUGUUUCCACCUCCUGAUGCUCUAAUUUAUCUCCAACACAACAAUCUGUAUCGUCGCUGUCUUGUCCUGAAGUUAACUUGAUAUAAAAGCUCGGUGAUGUCGACCUACCAGGAGUUCAUUCAACAGAAUGAGGAUAGAGAUGGGGUGAGAUUCAGCUGGAAUCUCUGGCCCUCCAGUCGUCUGGAGGCCACCAGGCUGGUGGUCCCUGUCUCCUGCCUCUUCACGCCUCUGAAGGAGAGGCCCAGCCUGCCACCUGUCCAGUACGAGCCAGUUCUGUGCAGCCGGGCCAACUGCAAAGCAGUCCUCAACCCACUAUGUCAAGUUGACUUCAGAGCCAAAAUAUGGGCAUGCAACUUCUGUUUCCAGAGGAACCCUUUCCCUCCCUCCUAUGCUGGUAUAUCAGAGGUGAACCAGCCAGCUGAGCUCAUGCCACAGUUCUCCACCAUCGAGUACAUAGUGCAGCGCGGACCCUCAGCCCCGCUCAUCUUUCUGUACGUUGUAGACACGUGUUUGGAAGAAGAGGACCUCCAGGCCCUGAAGGAGUCCCUUCAGAUGUCCCUGAGUCUGCUGCCACCAAAUGCUCUGGUGGGCCUCAUCACUUUUGGACGCAUGGUUCAGGUCCAUGAGCUGACAUGCGAGGGGAUUGCGAAAAGCUACGUCUUCAGAGGAACUAAAGACCUCUCCGCCAAACAGAUCCAGGAGAUGCUUGGGUUGACAAAGCCUGCAGCACCAGGACAGCAAGGUCAUCCUGUGGCUCCUCAGGAAGCUGCUGCCUCAUGCAGGUUCCUUCAGCCAGUGCAUCGAGUCGACAUGAACCUGACCGACUUGCUUGGAGAGCUUCAGAGAGACCCCUGGCCUGUCUCUCAGGGCAAACGGCCGCUGCGCUCCACCGGCGUCGCGCUGUCUGUUGCUGUCGGCCUUCUUGAGGGGGCUUUUCCAAACACAGGAGCUCGUGUGAUGCUAUUUAUUGGCGGGCCGCCCACCCAGGGACCAGGCAUGGUGGUGGGAGAUGAACUAAAAAUCCCCAUCCGCUCCUGGCACGACAUCCAGAAGGACAACGCACGGCAUCUGAAGAAAGCGACCAAGUACUAUGAAGCUUUGGCCAACCGGUCAGCUGUGAACGGACACAGUAUCGACAUCUACGCCUGCGCUCUGGACCAGACGGGUCUGCUGGAGAUGAAGUGCUUAUCUAAUCUCACAGGGGGACACAUUGUGAUGGGGGACUCCUUUAACACCUCCCUGUUCAAGCAAACCUUCCAAAGAGUCUUUAGCAAAGACUGCAAUGGAGACUUCCGGAUGGCGUUUGGAGGAGUCAUGGAGGUCAAGACAUCAAGAGAGGUGAAGGUGUGCGGGGCCAUUGGACCAUGUGUUUCCCUGCAUUCAAAGGGUUCCUCUGUCUCGGAGAAUGAGAUGGGCAUUGGGGGCACAAACCAGUGGAAACUGUGCAGCCUAGACCAUUCCACUACUUUGGGCAUUUACUUUGAAGUCGUGAAUCAGCACAAUGCGCCAGUCCCACAGGGUGGCCGAGGGGCGAUCCAGUUUGUAACCAUGUACCAGCACUCCAACGCUCAGAAGAGGAUACGGGUCACCACCGUCGCCAGGAAUUGGGCAGACGCCCAGUCUCAGAUUCAGCACAUUGAGACCUCGUUCGACCAAGAAGCGGCCGCCGUGCUCAUGGCACGCCUGGGCGUCUUCAGGGCAGAGUCAGAGGAGGGUCCAGACGUGCUGCGGUGGCUCGACAGGCAGCUUAUCCGCCUGUGUCAGAAGUUUGGCCAGUUCAAUAAAGAGGAUCCUACGUCCUUCAGACUGUCAGAGUCCCUGUCCCUCUACCCACAGUUUAUGUUCCACCUCCGGCGGUCACCGUUCCUCCAGGUGUUCAACAACAGUCCAGAUGAGUCGUCCUACUACAGGCACCACUUUGUUAGGCAGGACCUGACCCAGUCCCUGAUCAUGAUCCAGCCCAUCCUCUACUCAUACUCCUUCCACGGUCCACCAGAGCCUGUGCUCCUGGACAGCAGCAGCAUCCUGCCAGAUCGAAUCUUGCUGAUGGACACCUUCUUCCAGCUGGUUAUCUACCACGGAGAGACUAUUGCUCAGUGGAGAAAGGCAGGCUACCAGGAAAUGCCAGAGUAUGAGAACUUUAAGCAGUUGCUUCAGGCUCCUCUGGAUGACGCUCAGGAGAUCUUGCAGACACGCUUCCCCAUGCCUCGCUACAUUGACACUGAACAUGGAGGCUCACAGGCUCGAUUCCUGCUGUCUAAAGUCAACCCAUCACAAACCCACAACAACCUCUAUGCAUGGGGACAGGAGACAGGAGCACCAAUCCUGACUGAUGACGUCAGCCUGCAGGUCUUCAUGGACCACUUGAAGAAACUGGCUGUUUCCAGCUCAUCGUAGACGUCUGUCUAGGCACAAAACAAAAAAAAACAGAGGAAUGUGACCUUCAGCUUCCAGGAUCCAUAAACAUUUCCUAUAUAUAUAUAUAUAUUUUUUUUUUUUUCUCCUUCCAAGGAGCCAACCAUCAACGUCUGCUGUUUAUGUCUCUGUCUUGACUUACCUUUAAUGAUGAAAGGAGAAGCAAUAGAAGGGGUCGCCGACAGUACGUUCCUGAAAAUAAAACGUAUCGAGUCAUUUUCAGAUUAUUUAUGAGAAAUGGUUCUUCUCUUUAAGGAAAUGAGACUCUAUCAAACAUUUUUUAGUUCCAUAUCUGUAUCAUAUCUGUUCUUACUUUUCACAUGCAGAGUGAUUAGACUAAUUUGUUCUUUGUGUAUGUAAGUAUGUAGUGCAUCAGACUGGGUUAAAGCUGCUGUUAAAACAAUGUCUGUAUGUAUGCGUGUGUCUGCGUUGUCCAUAGUUUAAGAUUAAAUAUGUGGAAUUUUUCAGAAAAAUAAAUUAUAGCAGAAUAUCCAA